AUGCAAGCCUUACUGACUGUAGUACUGUGCUACCCUAGUAAAAGGCGAUUUUUUCUUUCCGAUAGUGCUUACAUACUUGGGCUGUGUUUGGGAGGAGGAGCCAAAAGGUUAAAAACAGUGGCCCUGAAUCAAGGCUCGCAGCCCUCGCCGCAGGAGCCUAGAGAAAGCCUUUCUAGGGUCUGUUGGCCAUCUCCGCAUCCGCAGUGCGAUGGUCAAUUCAUUAGAAAGGAACAUCCGGGCGGGGGGAGCUUUUGGGUCUGGGCAAGGCGCCUGGCGUCUGUGCUGUGGUCGAAAGCCAUCUUCGCGGGCUACAAGCGCGGCCUGCAGAACCAGGGGGAGCACACGGCGCUGCUGAAAAUCGAAGGAGUUUAUGCUCGGGAUGAGAUCAAGUUCUACCUGGGCAAGAGGUGUGCUUACGUCUAUAAGGCGAAGAACAAUACAGUGACUCCUGGUGGCAAACCUAACAAAACGAGAGUGAUCUGGGGAAAGAUGACCCAUGCCCACGGAAACAGUGGCAUGGUUCCAGCUAAGUUCCGAAGUAACCUUCCUGCUAAGGCAAUUGGUCACAGAAUCCAUGUGAUGCUGUAUCCCUCAAGGAUAUAAACUUACAGAAAAGUAAAUAAAUAAAGUCUAGAUAUUUUUCUCAAAA